CCCUGCUCCUAGGAAGUCUAACCUUGAACUAUUAAUGGAAAACUUCAUAACUACCCAAGUUCAAACCAACCUUCAAACUAGUGAGCAAAUUAAGCAAAUAACAAGCAAGUUAGAUGUCUUGACCACUCACAAUAAGAUGUUAGAGACACAAAUCGCACAAGUGGCACAACAACAAGCAUCUACCUCUGCUCCUGCAGGCAUAUUUCCUGGCCAGCCUCAGCCAAACCCUAGGGGACAUGUGAAUGCUGUUAUAUUACGAAGUGGGACACAAUAUGAUGGACCAGCUGAUCCUAGAACUAAAAAUCCUGCCAUGCAACCCAAUUCCGAUAAGACAACUGAGAAGGAGAGUGAACCAAAAGAAAAGGAGGAUAGUGGAGAGGAAACCAAAGAGAAAGAGAAACCUUACGUUCCUCCCCCACCAUAUAAACCACCCAUCCCGUAUCCUCAAAGAUUAGUACAAUCCAAAAACGUAGGGCAGUUUAAGAAAUUUGUAGAGCUUCUACAAAAACUAAACAUCACAAUACCUUUUACGGAAGCUAUCACACAAAUGCCCUCGUACGCUAAGUUUCUUAAAGAUAUCUUAACUAAUAAGAAAAAGAUCGAGGAAGAAGAAACCGUUAUGCUUACUGCCGAGUGUAGCUCCAUACUUCAAAAUAAUAUGCCUCCUAAGCUAAAAGACCCAGGAAGUUUUUCCAUACCAUGUGUCAUUGGAAAACAUGUCAUAGAUAGAGCACUAUGCGAUUUAGGAGCCAGUAUAAGCUUAAUGCCUAUGCCCAUAUAUGAAAAACUUAAGUUAGGAGAAUUGAGAUCAACUAAAAUGUCAAUACAAUUUGCUGACCGUUCUGUCAAAUACCCCCUAGGUAUACUAGAAAACGUGCCAGUACGUAUAGGUCAAUUCUUUAUCCCAACUGAUUUUAUAGUCAUGGACAUUAGGGAAGAUUCCAAUACACCCAUAAUUUUAGGAAGGCCAUUCUUAGCAACCGCCGGUGCCAUAAUAGAUGUGAAAAAAGGAAAACUCACCUUUGAAGUAGGUGAAGAAAAAGUUGAAUUUAUCUUAACACAAUUCAUGAACGCAUCGGCCAUUGAAGAUAAUUGUUACAUGGUAGACGUCAUCCAAGAAUGUAGAAAAGAGAGUGAGAAGGAUCAAACUAAACAUUCUGAAAUUUUAAAAACUUCCACUCCUCCAACUCAUAAAAAUGGUGAUGACGACCUAGCUAAAUGUUUAGAGAUUACACAAGUUCCUAAACCUAGCCAUGCUAAACCAACUUUAAAACUAAAAACUCCAUCAAGACUCCAAAAAGGAACCCCUGUGGCUCCGAAUAAAUUAAAAGGCCCCGUUUCUAAGAAAAUACCUCCCGACAUAUUAAAAGACCACCCAGAAAAUAACAUCGCUCAAAAUAAAAUACCCCCGGGUGUCUCUAAGAAAAAGAAAGAAAAAAAGAAGAGAAGACCUAUGAAAUGGUCUGACAUUUUCAAAUGGAGACCCAAGAAUAUUGAGCAUAAUUUAAAAGAUGUGAGUCUAGAGGAGGAACCAUGUUGACCUAUAGGUCUAGAUAGUCGAGCUAACCGACGUUAAACAAAGCGCUGCAUGGGAGGCAACCCAUGAGUUUUCUUUAAUUCUUGUUUAAUUUUUGCUUUCUUUUAUUUUUGAUUUUUUUUAUGACUAUCUCUGAUGAUCCUAUGACUAAUAGAGCUCCCACGCACAUUUCUCCAAAUGUUGCCGCUGGUGGGGGCGCAAGCAUUGUUCCACCUGCACACACUACACAUUUUUCUAACACUUUUGCAGGUAGUUCCUCCUCAUCAAGGCAAAGCACUAUCGAUGAUGUACUCCAUGAGACACGCGCCCAAAAUGAAUUAAAUCAAGAGCGCGAUGGAUUAUUUUAUGCCAUGCACCAACAACAAGAGGAGAUGAUGGAACGAAUGACAUUCAUGCAAGCCCAGCAAAACCAAAUUCUUCAAAACCAACAUGAGAUGCAGGGCUAUUAUCAUAGAUGGGAGAGCUCAGAAGAGCACCGUCAACAACAGCUCGACAAUGUCAUAC